AUGGGGUGGCAUUCGAGCAGUGACAGCGACUUUGAUGGCAUGUUCAAUCGCAAGUUGACUAAUAUGGGUUGGUUGCUUGAGAUUGUUAGGUUUGAUACUGAGAAAUAUAUGCAGGAAUACCUUUUGAAGCAAAAGAGUAACAUCAACAAAGAACCAAAUUGUCCAGCAGCAGAGAGAGAAUCUGAAAUUGCUGAGGCCGCACACCCAGUUGCCCCAUCCAUGGUGUCGUCUAGGUCCAAGGGAGAACGUUUGAUGGAGGAAAAGGCACUCAAGAAGCCUGCACUAAUAGAGCCAAAGAAACAAAGAUCAUCUGAUGGACCAAAGCUUAUGCACUCUGCUAUUGCUUCUGCGAGAAAGACUAAUUCUUUGAAAAGAAAAUUCCAGAGCAGAGAUGAUGAUGAUGAUGAUAGUACUAACUGGGCGCCUGUUGAAUGCAAGAAGCAAAGGAUGAUGAUGAUGUUGAAGAAGAAAAAUGCCAAUAAAGGCACCAGCUCGAUCAACAAGAUCACUCCGAAGAGAGAAGAACUAAUUUGGGUGGGACUAAAGUGGCUUUGGUGA